AACACUAGACCGAAAAAAACAAAAAGGCGCGUAUAAUGGAAGAUAUAAAAAUCAAGGAGGAAAAUAAAACUAUAGCCGAAGGCGAUCCAUCCGAUGAUGAGGACAAGAAGGACAUAGGCAAAAUCACUUCGUUAAAGUCUUUGGGUCCCUUCAUCGCAUCGCGAGAGAACAGCCAGAAUACGGUGUACCUCAGCGAUGUGCCGGCCGUGUGCAAGGAUAAGCCCUGCAUGCUGGGCGUCGACGAGGCGGGCAGAGGACCCGUGCUGGGUCCCAUGGUCUACGGCAUCUCCUACUGCCCGCUGGAGAGCAAGCAGGCGCUGAUUGAUCUCGGAUGUGCGGACUCCAAACAACUGACGGAGGAGAAGCGGGACGUGAUCUUCAAUGAGCUGAACACGCUGGAGUAUGCUAACAGCUGCGUGGGCUGGGCCGUAGAGAUCAUCUCGCCCAACGUCAUCAGCACGAGCAUGUACCGGCGAGCCAAGUGUUCGCUGAACGAGGUGUCCAUGGAAUCGGCCAUGGGUCUGAUCCAGCAGGCCAUCGAUGCGGGCGUGAACAUAGCCGAGGUCUACGUGGAUACGGUCGGACCGCCGGAGAAGUACCAGGAAAAGCUGUUGCGACGCUUCCCCAACUUCAAGAUCACUGUGGCCAAAAAGGCUGAUUCCACGUAUCCCAUUGUCUCGGCGGCCAGUAUCUGUGCCAAAGUUACCCGCGAUCACGCCCUCAAGGUGUGGCGGUUCCCCGAGGGUCUGGUCAUCAAGGACAAUGCCUUUGGCAGCGGCUAUCCCGGGGAUCCGGUCACGAAACGGUUUCUCACCGAACACAUUGAUCUGGUGUUUGGCUUCCCCCGGCUCGUGCGCUUCAGCUGGUCGACGGCGGAGAAUGCCCUGGCGAACAAGGCCUACGACAUGGAGUUCGAUGAGCCCGACUCGGAGAAGCCCAAGUACGCGGGCACCAAGCUUACAAAGUUCUUCAAAGGCACCACUAAAGACGGCGAGGUCAUACGCGAGGAAUGCCGCUUCUUCAAGCAACGUCACUUGUCAAAUGUUUUUGAAUUUUAGUCUAAGAUAAUUGUUAAAUAUAGCUUUAGCUUUAAUG